AUGGAGCCAAAUAUCAGAAUAUGUGCAUAUGAAGGGAAAAGUUUAGAAGAUGCAACUAUGUAUCAACAAUUGGUAGGCAGUCUCAUCUACUUAACCUUAACUCGACCUGAUAUUUCUUAUGCAGUCAGUGUGAUAAGUCGGUAUAUGCAAAAUCCAAAGAAGCCUCAUUUGGAAGCAGCUCGACGAAUAUUAAGAUAUGUAAAGAGCACAACUGAUUAUGGCCUUUUGUACAAAAGAAAUGAAAACUGCAAGUUAGUUGGCUACUGCGAUGCUGACUAUGCAGGUGAUUGUGACACAAGAAGAUCAACAACUGGUUAUGUAUUCAAGCUUGGUUCUGUAACAAUCUCGUGGUGCAGCAAGAGACAACCAACUGUAUCAUUGUCAACUACUGAAGCUGAGUAUCGAGCAACAGCAAUGGCAGCUCAAGAGAGCACAUGGAUAAUACAACUAAUGAAUAAUCUACAUCAACCAGUAGAUUAUGCAGUUCCAGUAUAUUGUGACAAUCAAUCAGCAAUUCGUUUGGCAGAAAAUCCAAUCUUUCAUGCAAGAACUAAGCAUGUUGAAGUUCAUUAUCAUUUUAUCAGAGAAAAAGUUCUGCAAGAAGAAAUUGAGAUGAGACAAAUCAAUAUAGAUAAUCAAGUUGCAGAUGUGCUUACAAAAGGAUUAAACACCAACAAAUUUAAGAUGUUCCGUUAUCAACUCAACACAGUACAAAGGGUUGGUAUUGAGGGGGAGUGUUGA